AUGGAGUGCAGGCCGAUAGAGAUCACGAUCCAAUCAGCGAAGGACCUCAAGGACGUCAACCUCCUCUCCAAGAUGGACGUCUACGCCGUCGCCUCCAUCAAAGGCGACCCCAAAAGCUCCAAGCAGCAGAAGCACAAGACUCCCGUCGACAAGGACUGCGGCCCCAACCCUAGGUGGAACCACCGCGUCAGCUUCACCGUCGACGAGCCCUCCCUCCACCAGAACCGCCUCACAAUCAAAUUCGAGAUCUUCUCCGACCGCAGCCUCGGCGACCGCGAGAUCGGCGAGGUCAACGUCCCCGUCAAGGAGCUCUUCGAUGCCGCCGCCGGGGCGGCGGGGGAGAAAUCGACGACUUACGCGGUCAGGACUCCCAACGGCAAGAGCAAAGGGACGCUGACGUUCGCCUACAAGUUCGGCGAGAAAUUCUCCGCCCCGGCCGCGUCGCCAAAGGCGGUGAAGCAAGAUCCGAACCAGCCGAUGAUGGCCUACCCGCCGAAUCUCGGAGUCGGGGCGGGCGGCAGCUCGGGUUACCCGCCGUACCAACCGCCGCCGCCUCCUCCGCCUCAACACGGAGCUUAUCCGGGUCAUCCACAGGGCGGGUACCCGUAUCCAUACCCGGCCCAACCGGGUUACCCGCCUCAGCCUGCUUACGGAGGCUACCCGCCUCAGCCGGGUUACGGUGGGUACCCGGGUUAUCCGCCGCAGCCCGCCUAUGGUGGGUACGGGGCGCCGAUGGCGCAGAGGCCUCACAAGAGCGGCGGCGGAAGCGGAGGGAAGAUGGCGCUGGGAGUCGGAGCCGGGUUGCUGGGCGGGUUGUUGGUCGGUGAUAUGAUUUCGGAUGUUGGGGAUAUGGCGGCUUACGAUGCGGGUUAUGGUGCCGGGUUUGACGAUGGAUUUGACUUCUGA